GCCCGCAGUCCGCCCGCGGCCGGCGCGCUGCCUCCCGCAGCAGAGGGGCUGGAGGGGCUGCGGCCGCUCUCCCCGCGGCGCCGGCAUGGAGGGGAGCCCCGCGCCCCAGGCGCCGUAGAGCCGCUGCCCCCGGCCAACCUGCCCUGCCCGGCGAUGGGAGCUGGCUCGGCCGGGGCAGCCGCGGGCGGGACGCCGUCCCCCGCCGGACGGGCGCUGCCGGCGGCGAGGAGCGGCGGUCGCGGGCUGGCGGGAGCGCCGCGGGAGGCAGAUGCGUUGCUGUUCCUGUAGAGACUUUAUUGCUUCACCUCAGACCGAUGUGACUCUGGUAGAAGGAUCAUGACUGAAGUCCUCUUCUCGGCUGCUUUGAAUGGAACUGAACCCAACCUGUUAUCCAGCAGCUGGUCUGUGGGAAAUGCCUCCACCAAGUGUUCCCUGACCAAAACUGGCUUCCAGUUCUAUUACCUGCCCACCGUCUACAUUCUGGUCUUCAUCACUGGGUUUUUGGGCAACAGUGUGGCCAUCUGGAUGUUUGUCUUCCACAUGAGGCCUUGGAGCGGCAUCUCAGUUUACAUGUUCAACUUGGCACUGGCCGAUUUCCUGUACGUCUUGACUCUGCCUGCCCUCAUCUUUUACUACUUCAAUAAAACAGACUGGAUCUUCGGAGAUAUCAUGUGCAAACUGCAGAGGUUCAUCUUCCACGUGAACCUGUAUGGCAGCAUCCUGUUCCUGACUUGCAUCAGCGUGCACAGGUACACAGGGGUGGUGCACCCCUUGAAGUCGCUGGGCAGGCUGAAGAAGAAGAACGCGGUGUACGUCAGCACCCUGGUCUGGGUCGUCGUGGUGGCCGUGAUCUCUCCAAUACUCUUCUACUCGGGCACGGGGAUAAGGAAAAAUAAGACCACGACGUGCUACGACACCACAGCUGACGAUUACCUGAGAAGUUACUUCAUUUACAGCAUGUGCACCACUGUGCUGAUGUUCUGCAUCCCGUUCAUACUGAUCCUUGGUUGCUACGGGCUCAUCGUGAAAGCUUUGAUUUACAAAGAUUUGGACAAUUCUCCUCUCAGGAGAAAGUCGAUUUACCUGGUUAUUAUUGUGUUGACAGUCUUUGCUGUGUCUUACCUUCCCUUCCAUGUGAUGAAGACCUUAAAUCUAAGAGCCAGGGUGGAUUUCCAGACUCCACAAAUGUGUGCCUUCAACGACAAGGUUUAUGCCACGUACCAAGUGACGAGGGGUCUGGCCAGCCUCAACAGCUGUGUCGACCCCAUCCUUUACUUUCUGGCAGGUGAUACCUUUCGAAGGCGGCUUUCCAGGGCCACCAGGAAAUCGUCCAGAAGAAGCGAACACAACGUGCAGUCCAAAAGCGAGGAAAUGACUCUCAAUAUUUUAUCUGAGUAUAAACAGAACGGAGACACAAGUUUGUGAACAAAUGUGAAAGAUUUGGGAACGGUUGGAAAAUAUCUUCUACUUUGAGACAGUAGGACACUGUGGUGCUGCAAGUGUGUGAGGAAAACCUGCCAGUCUCUCCAAUUCAUUUUAGGUAAAGGCUCAUUUUCUGACCUUAGAAAAACCUUAACAAAGUCAGCGGAAGAAUUUUAAUGGGAAAUAACGUGCCAAAAUUCAGCUUUCCUUCUGCCUACAGUGUUCUCAUUUCCUUCUGACUUGUGUCAGGUAAAGAAAAAUGAAGUAAAUCCCCUAAAGGAAGAAAAACAGCCAAGUACUUCUGGUUUAAUGACUUACUCUCCCACGUGCAAAAAUGUUCUCAAUCCUCUCUUUGGGAAUAGGAAAUAGAGAUGAGAGCAGGCAGUAUCUUCUCUUCUGAAGCUCAGGCCACAUACAUGGCCUUCUGCUCACUUGCUGUGGUAAACAAGUAUUUAAAUCGAAGUCACGAUGCAGUUAUCUCACCUUUACUGUUUAUUACUUCUUCAUCUGCUUCUAGUGUGGAUAAUUAUUUGAUAGUUCAGUAGCAUUUACAGAUCAAUCUUCUUUGAGUGCUGGUGUUUUACAAAAGGUAGGCUUGCUGAUGUGUGCAUGGUUGUGCUUUCAGAUUGCAAUGGUUGUUCAUGAAAACCUGGACCCCCCCUUAAAGGCAAAUUGUCUCCUGGGUGAGCUGGCCCCCCAGCACGGGCGGGUCCGCCUAGGAGCUGUUGGAGCUUUGAGUCCUGCUUUGCCCUGUGGUUCACGAGAGGUGUCGGGGUGCCCGUGCGUGUGGAGGUGACCCGGUUCUGGGCAGCCCCUGGUCCGGCCCGUGCGGAGGAAACCGGUGCCUUGUUGGCUGGAGGAACCGCAGACGGGGCUGGGCACGGGGCUUGGUGGGACCAGGGACCAGCCAGCCCUGCCCGGGGGCCACCAGCAUCUCCCUGCAGUGCCAGUGCUGGGAUGCCAGGCUGGGAUGCCAGGCUGGAGUUCUUCACAGGUAAAACAGGAGAAACACCCAUGCUGGAAGUAAUUGGACCUUGGCUAUGAGUAGAACCGCAACCGCUCCGGUCACCUGCGUGCUCGUUUGAUGGGAGAAUGUUUCUGUUCCUGGCGACCCUUGGAGAUAACAUAAGUGUGGUUUCCCAAGAAAAUCAUUGCUAAAAGGGAUAAUACAAGUGGAUUGUAUGUUAUAUAUAUAUAGAAAAUAACUGAGGGAGUUAGUUUUUGCGUACUGUGACAAAUAAAUUACUGUAUUAACAAGAUGUUGCAAUAUACUACAGACUAAAUCUGGCCCGUCGUUAUGCAUCUUCUCCAAAUGUGGAAUAGGUCAUCCAAACUUAGGCAGACCACAAUAUUGUGUAACACAAGAGCUAGUGAUCAGAGCACAGAUGAAAUCUGACAGGGGCAGUCUUAUUUGUGUCACAUAUUUUUAAGAAAUGUAUUUGAAAAUACUGUGUGCUAAAAAUGGUAUGAAAGCAUGCUCUAAAUGAUAAAUCUAGUGUACAACAUUGAGUUUUGUGUAAUCUUGAGGGUGAUUUUAACAGAUCCUUGUUCCUCCAGUCGACAUAGUAAGAGUAAAAUAUUGAUAUUUUACUUACUGAUUUCCAGUGAUUGGUAACAAACAAGAAUAGCUCUAGUUAUUUUUUUGACGACAUUGUAAAGCAGCUUCUGUUCACACGUGCAGCUUCGUAAUCUGCAGAAGUCCCUAUUUAUUGAACUUAUUUAUUAGAAGGCUACAUGUAAGUAUGUGAAGUGUGGUUCUCCGUGUUCAUAUUCAGGAUUGGGCAUUAAUGGGAAAUUUAUCAGCAUGUUUCAGUCACUGUAAUACUGUCUUCUAACAGAACAUCUUUAUAAUAAACUCAAUUCCACCCUGA